AGCCUAUUUUAUCUUUAUUCUAACCACGACGCAAUUACCAAAAACGACAAGGUAUGGUGUACCUAACACACUUUUGUGGAUCAAAGAUUUGUUUAACCUUAAUUGGGGAUUGCUGAAAGUAAAUCAUCCUUCUCAAUAUCACUUUAUGAUACAAGAAUUUUACUCAAACGUUAAAAUUCCAUUUACCGGUGAAGAGGCUAGUUACAAACCUUAUCAAUUUAGUUUGUUAAGAAGAAUGAAGGAUGAUGUUAUGUAUGACAUUGGGAUGGUAGAACAUUUACAGAUUACAUACGAAAAAUGGUCGUUUAAAUUAGAUUUUCGUACCGUUCUUUUAUUCUUUGAUUCAGUUAUAGACAAGAUUAUUGAGUUAAUUGAAGCUCAAUUAGAUAGCGUUGGGGAUGUUUCUGCUAUGUUUUUGGUUGGAGGGUUUAUUCCAAUUUCUCCCGAAUUAUCAAUCCUUAACGGUGCAUGCAAAUAUGGGCUUGAUAUGGAAGUUAUAAAAACGCGAGUAUUAAAAUGGACGUACGGUGUAAAAAACCACCGUGAUUGG